GCUUUGUGCCUUGUUGCUGGCACUGUGGAGUUUGCCGAUUGCACGCCAAAUCAUUCCCGUUUGCGCUGGAAACUGAACUCUCAUUUCUGAUUGGCGUGGCAGUCGCGUCGUGUUACCUGAGCAGGUGAUUGGAACAUCUUGUUUCUCCUCUCCCCUCGCCUGUGGCUUAUUAGCUCUUUUCCUCGUGCUCUGCAGCUGCAGCUGCAUUUCUUUCAUUGUGCUCUUCAACGCAGACUUCGAGGAGGGAAAAACAAACCGAAGACAUAAUGGUUGGCGGGUCAGACGCGAUUGGGGUGCGUACGAAGCACGAUAAGGAGGAAGAGGAGCAGGAUCGAAAGCUCAUGGAGCGCAUUUUCCAAGAGAACAAGAAUCCCUUCCAGCUCUUUGCUGACCCCAUCUUAAACAAGGCGUCGUACAUAUAUGACACCUACUUGUACUCUGCUGGUGUGCUGUUCGUCUUGAUGACCUUCUGGAGCUGUUAUCCCUCCUUCGUCCGCUUCCGUCAUCAACACAUCUGGCGUUAUCGCCGCACCCAACUCACAUUUCGCCGCGGCCUCUUCGGGACACCGCACAUUCCGAAGUGGGACAAGAAGUACCUUCAGCGUAUCGUCAUCCCCCCGCUUCCAAAGACUGCAAUUGAGUUCGAAGCAGCAGCCGCACACGCAACAGCGACUCCAACACCGGCGCAGGAUGUGGCGGCGGCGGGGUCAUCCCCCGCAGCCGCAGCCGCAGCCGUGGCCGUGAUGAAGCCUACAGAGGCAGCAGUGUCUGUGCGGGACAAGGAUACAGACGCGCUGUACCAGGCCACCGAAAUGCGGUCACGAAGGAGCCCGCACAGCACCUUCAGCUCUGGUGACGCGGAGAAAAGCGAGUUGGCUCUCACUCGGGAGCUGCAGAAGAUCAACAAGGAUUUUUACGGGUCCAAGUCGGAUCUCUUCAACAGUUCCAUCCGUGCUGACGCGGAGGAUGGUGACCUGCAGUCGCGUUUGAAGGCUGCCGUGGCCUCUGCGAAGGCGGUCGUGGUGCUGAAAGAAAGCCACGACACGCUCCGCAGUGUUCCUGAGGGGUGGGAGGUGUGGUGGGUCUCCUUCUCGGAGGCGAAGCGGCGCCGAUUCUGCAAGUUUUGGCUUGGCGGCCUUUUGUGUGCGCGCGUGUUUGAGGAUUUGAUGGAGAUGCCGGACAUGCCAGAUUUGGUCAACUGA